AUGUAUGGUAAAUGUGGAAACUUGAACAGCGCUAGGGUUUGGUUUAACCAAAUGAGUAAUUGGCGUGAUAGGGUUUCUUGGAAUGCUUUGUUGGCUAGCAAUGGUCAUCAUCAGUUAAGUAAACAAGCGUUAUCAAUGUUUUCAGAGAUGCAGUGGGAGACAAAACCAACCAAAUAUACACUUGGAACCCUUUUGUUAGCAUGUGCAAAUACCUUUUCUCUUUAUCAUGGCAAACAAAUUCAUGGUCCGGAUGGAAAGUUGUUAGCUGUACUUGGGGACAGUACUGAGUUCUUGAUAGCUGAUGCUAACACUGGAAAGAUUACUGGAAGCUUAAAAGGUCACUUGGACUACUCUUUUGCAUCGGCUUGGCACCCAGAUGGACGGAUAUUGGCCACUGGGAAUCAGGACACAACUUGCAGGUUGUGGGACAUUAGAAACCUUUCACAAUCUAUAGCUGUGUUGAAGGGAAGAAUGCGUGCAAUUACAGCAUUGAGAUUCACAUCUGAUGGACGGUUUUUGGCCAUGGCUGAGCCAGCAGACUUAGUCCAUUUUUUUGACUCGCAUUCUGGUUAUGUACGAGGUCAGGAGAUAGAUCUCUUUGGCGAGAUUGCUGGUAUAUCCUUUAGCCCAGACACAGAAGCUCCAUUUGUGGGCAUUGCUGACCGAACCUAUGGUAGGUUGUUAGAGUUCGUCAGAAAACGUUACAAUUAUCACCUAGACUCCAUGUUUUGA